AGCCGGGCGCUCUCACUUCCCCGGAGUGGCCCGCUCGCGCAUCGUCAGUCGGUGCGAGUCCUCCCUCUCCAUGGCGCUCCUCGUGCGGUUGCUGGCCCUUGCCCUGGCGUUGGCCUUGGGUCCCGCCGCGACCCUGGCAGGUCCCGCCAAGUCACCUUACCAGCUGGUGCUGCAGCACAGCCAGCUCCGGGGCCGCCAGCACGGCCCCAACGUGUGUGCUGUGCAGAAGCUCAUUGGCACCAACAAGAAGUAUUUCACCAACUGCAAGCAGUGGUACCAGAGGAAGAUCUGUGGCAAGUCAACAGUCAUCAGCUAUGAGUGCUGUCCUGGAUAUGAGAAGGUCCCAGGAGAGAAGGGCUGUCCUGCAGCCCUUCCCCUCUCAAACCUUUACGAGACCCUGGGAGUUGUCGGAUCCACCACCACUCAGCUGUACACGGACCGCACAGAGAAGCUGAGGCCUGAGAUGGAGGGACCAGGCAGCUUCACCAUCUUCGCCCCUAGCAACGAGGCCUGGGCUUCUUUGCCAGCGGAAGUGCUGGACUCCCUGGUGAGCAAUGUCAACAUUGAGCUGCUCAACGCCCUCCGCUACCACAUGGUGGACAGGCGGGUCCUGACUGAUGAGCUGAAGCAUGGCAUGGCCCUCACCUCCAUGUACCAGAAUUCCAACAUCCAAAUCCACCACUAUCCCAAUGGGAUUAUAACUGUCAACUGUGCUCGGCUGCUGAAAGCUGACCACCACGCCACCAAUGGUGUGGUGCACCUCAUCGAUAAGGUCAUCUCCACCAUCACCAACAACAUCCAACAGAUCAUUGAGAUUGAGGACACCUUUGAGACCCUUCGGGCUGCUGUAGCCGCAUCAGGGCUCAACACUGUGCUUGAGGGUGACGGCCAGUUCACUCUCCUGGCUCCAACCAAUGAGGCCUUUGAGAAGAUCCCUGCUGAGACCCUGAACCGAAUCCUGGGUGACCCUGAGGCUCUGAGAGACCUGCUGAACAACCAUAUCUUGAAGUCAGCCAUGUGUGCAGAGGCUAUUAUUGCGGGGGUGUCCAUGGAGACUCUGGGGGGCACCACAUUGGAGGUAGGCUGCAGCGGGGACAUGCUCACCAUCAAUGGGAAGGCCAUCAUCUCCAACAAAGACAUCCUGGCCACCAAUGGUGUGAUCCACUUCAUAGAUGAGCUGCUUAUCCCAGAUUCAGCCAAGACGCUGUUUGAAUUGGCUGCGGAGUCUGACGUUUCCACAGCCGUUGACCUUUUCAGACAAGCAGGCCUCGGUACACAUCUCUCCGGAAAUGAACGGGUGACCCUCCUGGCCCCCCUGAAUUCUGUAUUCAAAGAUGGAACCCCUCGCCUUGAUGCCCAAACGAGGAGUUUGCUUCUGAACCACAUAGUUAAAGACCAAGUGGCCUCCAAGUAUUUGUACCAUGGUCAGACCCUGGACACGCUGGGUGGCAAGAAACUGAGAGUUUUUGUCUAUCGUAAUAGCCUGUGCAUCGAGAACAGCUGCAUUGCUGCCCACGACAAAAGGGGGCGGUAUGGGUCCCUGUUCACCAUGGACCGGAUGCUGACCCCUCCCAUGGGGACCGUCAUGGACAUCCUGAAGGGUGACAGUCGCUUUAGCAUGCUGGUAGCUGCCAUCCAGUCUGCAGGGCUGACAGAGACUCUCAACCGGGAAGGGGUUUACACAGUUUUUGCUCCUACAAAUGAAGCCUUCCAAGCCAUGCCACCAGAAGAACUGAACAAACUCUUGGGAAAUGCCAAGGAACUUGCCAACAUCCUGAAAUACCACGUAGGUGAUGAAAUCCUGGUUAGCGGAGGCAUUGGGGCCUUGGUGCGGCUGAAGUCUCUCCAAGGAGACAAACUGGAAGUCAGCUCGAAAAACAAUGUAGUGAAUGUCAAUAAGGAACCUGUUGCGGAAGCCGACAUCAUGGCUACAAAUGGCGUGGUCCAUGUCAUCACCACCAUUCUGCAGCCUCCAGCCAACAGACCUCAGGAACGAGGGGAUGAGCUUGCAGACUCUGCCCUGGAAAUCUUCAAACAGGCAUCCGCAUUUUCCAGGGCUUCCCAGAGGUCUGUGCGACUAGCCCCUGUCUACCAGAGGUUAUUGGAAAGGAUGAAGCAUUAGCACGAAGGAGCACAGGAGGAAUGCACCUCCCAGCUUCCCGCCAAUUUCUCUCAGUUUGCCAAAGAGACAAUUUGAAUGUUUUUGAAACCAAAUAUCACACUUCAAUACACCUGGGCUGCACCAUAAUGGGAUCUGAGCCUUGGGUGGUUGGGGUGGGGGGAUGGGAAAAUAUGUACUUUUUACUUUUUGUUCCCCCUACACAUGGUUGUUAGCCUACUGAGGGUAGAGAUCUGGAUGUCAUUACUUGACAUUCACUUCCAGAAAGGACUUACCCCAAACGUGGAAUGUCCUGCCAAUGCCAAGUGCCUGGAAUCUCUUCCAGGCUGCAGCAUUGUGGAGCUCACAAAACGUGAAUGACGCAGUGCAGCGCUCUGGGGAGUUCUGGCGUGGUUUUGUAAAGCUCUUGCACAGCUGGAGAAAUGGCGUCAUUAUAAGCUAUGAGUUGAACUGUUUCUGUCAAAUGUGUCUUGCAUCCACAUGUGGCUUGGACGCUUCUAUGUGGCCCUGUCCAGGUAGAAAAGGAUGUAAAGCCCGUAUUUCUUGAGUGUGUCCGCCAUGGUGUGUUUGUAAUAAUAAAACCAAUGAAAUAGA